UCUACCAGGAAACAGUUUACAAUAAUUUGAGAGAGUCCCCUUGCCAUUGAAGAGCAUUUUGAUCAGUCAAGGACAUUUGAUCAGUCUAAGGAUGAAGUGUAUGGCACUUUUUCUCACCUUGACCAUGGUUGUCCUGAUGGCACAACCAGGAGAGUGCUUUUUUGGAAUGCUUAUAAAGGGAAUUGGUAGUGCUAUUCAUGGUAUUAGCAGCCUUAUUCAUAGGCAUGGAAAACUUGACCUAGCGAACCAGCAGCAAUUGGACCAGCAGGACCUGGACAAGCAGGACCUGGACCAGCAGGACCUGGACCAGCAGGACCUGGACCAGGAGGACCUGGACCAGCAGGACCGAGACCAGCAGGACCUGGACCAGCAGGCCCGGGACCAGCAGGACCGGGACCAGCAGGAACUGGAGCAGCAACAAUUAGACCAAGAAGAUCGAGACAAGCUACAGAUAUACAAACGUGGCCUUUCCAAAGAGGCUUAAAGAUAUUUGAAAUAUCAGUUUUAUUGUUGUCAUUACAUUAGAUUUGUACUCAAAUUAGAUUUGAAUUUGAACUAAUAAAGCUUCAUA